AUGAGGAGCGAGUGCAAGAAAGCUGGCAAGAUCCUCGCCUCCUUUGUUGAUCCCAAACAGGCCUUUGGGCCCGAUAAGGUCAUUCCGCCAGAGGUUCUCGCCGGCGCAAAGGGUCUCGCCGUUCUGUCCGUCCUCAAGGCCGGUUUCCUCGGGUCUGGCCGUUUUGGCUCUGGCAUUGUGGUUGCUCGACUUGCUGAUGGCGGCUGGUCAGCGCCGUCUGCGAUCGCCACCGCCGGCGCCGGCUUUGGUGGCCAGAUUGGAUUCGAGUUGACCGACUUUGUCUUUAUUCUCAACGAUGCCGCUGCCGUCCGAUCAUUUUCGCAGGCCGGAAGUAUCACUCUGGGAGGCAACGUGUCGAUAGCAGCUGGACCCGUGGGCAGGAACGCAGAGGCUGCCGGAGCGGCCAGUACAAAAGGUGUGGCGGCUGUGUUUUCAUACUCAAAGACCAAGGGUCUGUUCGCCGGUGUCAGUCUGGAAGGCAGUGUCUUGGUGGAACGCAAAGAUGCCAACGCAAAGCUAUACAACGGCUCAGUCACCGCGCGCCAGCUGCUCUCGGGCUCGGUCCCGUCUCCCCCGGCCGCCGAUCCUUUGAUGCAAGUGCUCAGGUCUCGCAUCUUCUCCGGCCGCUCCCAGACCUCUAGCAACGGGAUGUACAAUGACAUCCCGGUCUACGAUGACUCCCAUGACGAUGUCGUCUGGGAUGGACGCCGGGGUGCGGCGUAUGGCGAGGGCGAGCGCAGGGACCGGGCUGGUUCGCGGUCUACAAACGACGACUACGAGUACCGAGACCAGCCUCGUCGUGCCAAUACCUGGCAAGACGACUAUUACGACCGACAAAGUUCUGGCAACUUGAACCGCUCUCAAACAUCAAGAACGGGUGGAGGAGGAUUCCACGACGAGGAGUUUUCAGAUAGCCGCUCACGACCAAGCCGUCCGACAGCUCCCAAACCGGUCUUUGGGCAGCGGACAGGCGCUGGGGCGGGUCUGCGCGAAGACCAGGCGGUUGCGCUGUUUACGUUUGACGCAGACCAGGACGGCGACCUGGGGUUCAAGAAGGGUGAAGUGAUUACGAUUCUGAAGCGGACCGACAAGGCAGAAGACUGGUGGACUGGCCGGGUUGGAGACCGCACUGGAAUUUUCCCCAGCAAUUACGUCGACCCGGUUGCAAAGUAG